UGAAUGAAUUACCAGUACUUAAGGCUGACGCCAUCAAGUACAUAAUGACGUUUAGAUCAGUAUUACCGAACGAGGUUGUGGUUUCCACCCUGCCUCAACUCAUCAGACACUUGCAGAGCGAAAGCGCAGUCGUUCAUACGUACGCGGCUUGCGCCAUUGAGAAAAUACUAAUUAUGAAGGACAGCAACAAUCAAGCUAUAGUUUCAGGAGGUCAUAUUCAACCGUUUGCCAAGGAUUUGAUCAGUCAAUUAUUGGAGGUUUUAGAGAGACCUGUAUCAGAGGAAAAUGAAUAUAUUAUGAAAGCUUUAAUGAGGACAUUUUCGACUCUACAAGAACUGGUUAUACCCUACUUGGGCGUGGCAUUACCGAAACUUACUGAAAUACUUAAAGCUGUUACGAAGAACCCAUCUCGGCCACAUUUCAAUCAUUACUUGUUUGAAACGUUCUCCCUUUCAGUCAGAAUCGUAUGUAAAUCUAAUCAGGUUGCUGUAAAAUCGUUUGAGGACAUUUUGUUUCCGAUUUUCCAAGGAAUCUUGCAACAAGAUGUACAAGAGUUCAUCCCUUACGUCUUCCAAGUAUUAUCACUGCUAUUGGAUUACACUCCUUCAGGAUCGUUAUCUGAUGCAUACAUGCAACUUUUACCAUGUUUGUUGGCCCCUGUACUUUGGGAACGACCUGCUAACAUCAGCCCGUUAGUACGAUUGUUACGGUCGUUGGUAAGCCAGGCGGCCCAACAGAUUAUUGCUCAGGAUAAAUUGGCGAUAUAA